CAACAGCAAUUGUCUUUCACAGAAACCGCGUUUUCCGAUGUCUUCCCUGUGGGCCCCCACCGUCUCUAUCUCCGACCCCCCUAUUCCUAGUUUCUCAUUUUCCUCCUCCUUCUCCUCAACAAAUCUCUAGUCUUCUUCAACUCUCUCGCCCCAAAUACCUUCACAAAUCCAAUGAUUUUCGAUGCAUAGGCCUGAGUUUUGAAGAACCCAGUUGUAAAGAUUUGCCCUUUUCUUCGUGGCGAUGGCGGAAAACGGUGAGGAGAAGCUUAUAGCUGUGGCCCGGCACAUAGCCAAGACUCUGGGUCACACCGAUACUAUGACCGAUGAUAUUCUCCAGAUUUUCUCCAACUUCGAUGGCCGGUUGAGGGAUAAGCUCUCCGAGGAGGACUCGCGUGGGUGCGCCGCGCUGGAACGGACCCUCAAGUCUCUGGACCGGCAGAUCUCUAGGUAUGUGUCGGUGGAGCAUCCGGUCUGGUCUGACUCUGCUGAUUCUACUGCGUUUCUUGAAGCUGUGGACGAACUGAUAUCUGCGAUUCGGGAGUGGACUCCGAUGGGGAAUGAAAAGCCGGUUGCUUCGUGCUUAGACCGGGCCGAGGAUUUGCUCCAGCAGGCGAUGUUCCGGCUCGAGGACGAGUUCAAAACCCUAAUGGAGCGCGGGUCGGAGUCCUUCGAUUUGACUAAUUACAGAAACGGCGAGUCGGCCAAUAGGGAUUUCUCGUCCGACUCGGAGGAAGCGGACGACGACGGCGGCGGCGAGAUUCCGGUGGCGCAUCCCAUUACCGACUUCGAUAUCAUCAUCGACGCUCUCCCGGCGGGGACCAUCAGCGAUCUCCACGAGAUCGCGAAGCGGAUGGUGGCUGCGGGCUACGGGAAGGAGUGCUCCCACGCGUACAGCACUAGCAGGCGGGAGUUCCUGGAGGAGAGCCUCGCGCGGCUGGGGAUACAGAAGCUGAGCAUCGAUGAGGUGCAGAAAAUGCAGUGGGCGGAGCUGGAAGACGAGAUUGAGAGGUGGAUGAAGGCCAUCAAUGUCGCUCUUCGGAUCCUCUUCCCCAGCGAGCGUCGCCUCUGCGAUCGCGUCUUCUUCGGCUUCUCUUCCGCCGCCGACCUCUCGUUCAUGGAGGUCUGCCGCGGCUCCACCAUUCAGCUGCUCAACUUCGCCGACGCCGUAGCAAUCGGAAGCCGAGCGCCGGAAAGACUGUUCAAGGUACUCGAUGUUUACGAAACCCUAAGAGAUUUGAUGCCGGAAUUUGAACUGUUAUUCUCCGAUCAAUACUGUGUGUUCUUGAGAAACGAGGCCGUGACGAUCUGGAAAAGACUGGGCGAAGCAAUCAAGAGGAUAUUCAUGGAGUUGGAGAAUUUGAUCCGCCGUGAUCCUGCAAAGGCUGCCGUGCCAGGGGGUGGACUCCAUCCCAUUACUCGAUAUGUUAUGAAUUAUCUCCGAGCUGCUUGCAGGUCAAGGCUCACUCUGGAACAAGUUUUCGAGGAAAGCAUUGCGCCCACCGGUAUUGACUAUGGCAGGGAAGGGGACGAACGAGCUGCCCUAGCCUUAUCCUCGUCCUCAUUGGCAGUUCAAAUGGCCUGGAUCAUGGAGUUAUUGGAGAGCAAUCUCGAAGCGAAAUCCAAAGUUUACAGGGACUCCGCUUUGUCUUCCAUUUUCAUGAUGAAUAACGGGAGAUACAUUGUUCAGAAGGUGAAAGACAACGAAUUAGGCACGCUGUUGGGCGAUGAUUGGAUUCGGAAGCACACUGCCAAGGUCAGGCAGUAUCAUGUGAAUUACAAACGGAGUUCGUGGAGCAAGGUUCAGGGCGUUUUGAAGAUGGAUAAUUCGAUGUCACCGAGUCAAGCAUCGAAGACUUUGAAGGAUAAGCUUAAGCUAUUCAACUCCUACUUUGAGGAGAUAUGUAAAAAUCAAACAACAUGGGUGGUUUUUGACGAGCAAUUAAGAGAGGAGUUGAGGAUUUCAGUGACAGGGACUCUGUCCCCCGCCUAUCGAAACUUUAUUGGAAGGGUUUAUAACAUCCCUGAUUUCGGGAAGCACACUGAGAAGCACAUCAGGUAUAGCGUGGAGGACCUCGAGGCUCGAAUAAACGAGUUGUUCCAAGGUAAUGGCAGCAGGAAGUAAGAGCAAAAGCAAGUAAGCAGGUGAUUGCUUGUGUUAUAACAAUAGAGCAUGUAUGUAUGUAUGUGCCUGUAGGUGUAGAAGGGGUUAUUGUUGUAUCUUAAUAUGUAAUCUUUUGCAACCAUAGAGAGUCUGCUGAGUUGUAUUAGCAUUGUCUUAGUUUAUGAUUCAUUUGUGCUUGGUGUUGUUUGGAUGAAAUUUUGUGGCUAUACAAUUGCUUGGCUACAUUGUAUUAUAUAGCAUCUAAAACGAAGUGAAUACAAUAUGAACAUUUUAUAACA